GUGUGGCAUGUGUGCGUGCUUUUUUUUUUUGCCUUCAUUCAAACUUCCCGCCAUGGCAUUUCCAAUUUCCAAUCCAUCCUCCUUCUGCUGUCAAAGCAUCGCAGUUCCCGUGAGACGCCAAGGUCUAUUUACCCCUCUGCGGAGUCACAGAUACUCUUAGCAAUCAAUCCUCCCUUCGUCUUCCGCGGGUACUCCUCCGUAUCAUUGUCUCUCGGUUUCUCAGACCACUUUUACCUUUCUGUGACAAGAAAUAAUUAA